AGGCGGCACUGAGAGCGGGGGGGAUAAGCGGCUUUGGGCAGCGUCGCGACAUCGUCCGGCAGCAGCAGCGGUCGCUGGUGCUUCCUCCCCAACCCCCGAGGGCGCGGGGUAGCCUCCGCCGAGACUUCAUGUCUGUGCUGUGUCCCCUGCCCUGGCGCCCGGGCGUGUGCCCCGGGCGGGGAGUACUAAGACGCGGUUGUCCGGAGAGCGAGGCAGCGGCGGUGCGGGAGGAGCCGUGGUGGAGGAGCUGCGGGAAUUGGCGUUUCUUGAGCUGGCAGUGCCAUCAAGGUUGUAAAAGCAGAGCGGGACCCGGCACCCUGCGCUCCGGCGCUGUGGCAAUCCCGGAGGGUGUCAAGCCAGCAGCAGCUGAAGCACAGCCGUCUACACACCAACCAACCAACCAACAAACAAAACCUCAGUAGAGCCCUUGCUAGCUCUUGCACUUAUUUGCCUUUUUUUGUUCUUGUUUGAUUUUGGCUUUUUUCCCCCCCACACACUUUUCCCCCUUAGAGGGCAGAGCUGGGGGAACUUAGAAGUGAGCCGGAGCUGGCGGAGCCUCUGGAGGUGUUCCGAGCCGUGUCCUCUUGAGGAGAAAGUUCGGGAGUUGCUCUUAGGGACAAGGAUGCAGCGCUGCUUUAAUGAGCAGCCCUUUCCAAAGGGGGAGGGGGCAGGAAGGAAGGGACCAGAAAUAGACCGCCGACAGCCUCUCCGGCUGGCUGCUCUUUCCCGGUGCUGCUUCAGCCUUGCCCAGCCCUCCUUCAGCCCCUCGCAUCAGUUGAAUGCUGUCCUUUGUUUCUAGCUCUGAUUACCUGAGAUCAGCUGAGAUGACUGAAGUGAUGAUGAACACCCCAGCUAUGGAUGAGAUUGGGCUAAGUCCCCGCAAGGACAGGCUGUCGUAUCAGAUCUUCCCUGAUCCCUCAGACUUUGACCGUUACUGUAAGCUGAAGGACCGCCUGCCCUCCAUCGUGGUGGAGCCGACGGAGGGCGACGUGGAGAGCGGUGAGCUGAGAUGGCCACCCGAAGAGUUCCUCGUGCAAGAGGAAGAGGAGGAGGAGGAAGAGGAAAACUGUGAAGACGCAAAGAAGGACAACAAGGAGCAAUAAAUGGCAUCUGAGGAAAGGCAAGGGACUUCACCCUUCUGAAGGCAGAGCCACACUUCUUUUGAGAGUCUUUUUAAACAAAAAAAGACAAGUUCAGUUUUGCACCUGCGAGAUCUUAGUUUUUUUGUACUCUCUGCAUUGAGAACUGAAGCCCUCGGUGUCAGCAGACCUCCUGAGGAAGGAAGUACCGCAGAGAAAUGUUUGCUGUUCUCAAGAUCAUUAUCUGUAUUUUUCCGAGGCGGAGGCAGCAGUGAAAUUCCAAGCACAUGGCAGAGGGUGACCACGCGAGGACUGCUGGAAGGGGGAGCUCGGGGAGGGGAAGGAAAGUCGGAGGCGGCAAGCAUUCGGCUGGGAGCUGCCUCCAGCUGCAAGCAUGAGAACAGAGCUCUAUCGGCUCAGAUUUGCCUUUCUUACAGCUUCCAUUUCAUGUUGGGAUGUGGAAAGGUGUCCGUAGCAAAGCAUGGCUAAAUGCUCUACUGAGCAGGGUCCUGUAGCUCUCCCCAGUUCAGCACCUCCUAGGGUGACGUGAGUGUCCGUAGGAGUAGUUGGGUUUCUCGCUCUUGCUGUUGAGCCUUGUUUUUCAGCCACUUUUCCCAAAGCUGUUUCCUUCCCCUCUUUUUGCCUUUAGACCCUUCAAUGCUGAACAGCUGUAUUUGCAGGAUAACGUUAGGCUGCUGCUUGUCAUCUCUGCUGUCAGGCCCUAGUUUAUCUUGCAGGUGGCUAGCGUGAGGCAAUGCGCAUCAGAUGUACAGACGCUUCUGCCUGCAGCAAGAGCUUGUGCAGGUUUGAACACCUGGGAUUUUUCUCUCCUAUUUGCCAAGGCUGCUGUGGUUGGCCUUGUCUUAUGCAGCACCCAAACCCAGAGGGUGGAGGUUACACCUCUUACCUUGGUGUACUUGAGGAUGUAGGGUUUUGUGUUUUCAGCUUGCUGGCCAAGGAGCUUUAGAGGACUGGGGUGUGGGAUAUCUCCGCCAGCUUUGCGCUGUGGGGCCUCCUCAGUGUGUGACAGGCUGGUAGGGGUGUGCAUGGUGCAGAGUGCUGCCAGACAAUGAUGAAAUACCAGAUCUAGUGUGGAUCAGCAGUGGGAAAGGGGUGUUUGCAGGAGGGGGAGGAUUAGCCAGGUGUCCCGAGACAAGGUGUGUUUCUGCUUCACAGCAAGAAGAAAUAUUCAUGGGUGUUUUCACAAAGUGCGGACAGGCUUGCGAAGCCUGCGGUUGUCUUCUCCACCAUGUCCUGCUUCAAGGAGCUGUCACCUGUCUCUGUUUGGGGGAGGCCAGUCUGCUGCCAGACAGGGCAACCUGCUGCUUUCCUGGAAGUGACGAUCUCGCAACUUUGGGGACCAGCUUGGGAGCCAGUUGAUCUUGGGAUAGGAUGAGAACAGUUACCACCUAAAACCAAAUCUGGGAUCAUGGAAGAGAAAGAGAAAUGUCAAGGCCUUAACCACACUUUCAUAAUAAUCCCAAUGCCACACUCCCCCCAUUUGCUUAGAACUGGUUCCAUUUUUAAAAUCAACUCAGACAUGUGUGUAUUUGUAUUUUUAAUACCUCAUGAGUAGCUAAACGCUGGUGGGGGUUGGGAACUGCUUUCAACAUGUUGGCAGGGUUGUUUUAGUCUUGUCUUGCUUUUGUUCAAAACAUAAGGGCAAUAAUUUAGCGGCUCUGCAUUUACUGUUUCAGACAAGGCAGAGUUUGGCGAGGAGUUAGCACAAGGCAGAAGUUCAGUGUUCCUCCGCCGUGGCCGGUCUCUAGCCUGGCAGUGCAGACCUGGUUAUCCACUCUCCCUGCCCAUCUUGGUGGACAGUUGAUCACCCAACGGUCUCCAUGUGGUGAUACCAUCUUUUGUAGCGAUGGAUUCAGCUGUUGUUCCUGUACCACUUGUUCUAGUCUUUUGCUGUCUUACUGGAAUGAGCUUGUACACCUGCAUACCAGCCACUCAUCUUUACUUCUAAGUGUUACUCUAUGGGUCUCUGUCUGUAUCACCAAGUCAAAGCUCUAUAUCAAAGAUAUUACCGUGUGGGCAGCAACGAGAUGGCAACCCUUGGACUUCAGACCUGCUGUCUGCCCUAGAGACUUGCCUAUUUCUGUCUGCAUCCUUUUCUUCAUUUUUUUUUCCUGGAAGUGUUGUGUAUAUUUCUUAUUUGUUGUUGAACGUAUCUAAAGAACAAAGCACUCCAGUAAAAACUCCUCUUGUUGUAGGAUAUACAUUCUCUAUUUCUGUAAUUCUGUUUUGAGCCUCAGGGAGAAGCUAGCAUUUUUUUCAAACUACAUUUUUGUCACUGUGACAGUUGUAAAUAAAGUUUGAAAAUGCUUUCCAAA